AUGGCCCACGCCGGCCGCCGCAGCCGCUUGGACCCGGGCGAGGCGUCCCCGUCCUUUGCACAGACCAGCGCCGAGUUCAGGCUCGAUGACAGCGACGACGAGGCCGUCAUCGACGAGUUCGACCUGCGCCAUGAGGCCGGCGGCAGCGUCGAGGCUUACGAAAUGGUCGAGCGGGACGCCGGGCGCAGACGCAUGAGCGCGAGGAGCGCGAGCACCGUCGCCAGUUUCCAGCUGUACACGCCCGACGAGGACCUGGCGGUGCGGAGGAAGUUUGACAGGAAGCUGGUGCUGUUUGUGGCCCUCCUCUACCUGCUGAGCUUUCUGGACCGGUCGAACAUCGGCAAUGCAAGGAUAGCCGGCAUGGACGAGGACCUGCAGACGACGCCGCCCCGAGACGACUGGUACGAAUGGGCCCUGACGGCGUUUUACAUCUCGUACAUUGCCUUUGAGUGGAUGUCGCUGCUGUUCAAGCUCGUGCCCGCCCACAUCGUCGUGUCCAUGACGGUCCUGGCAUGGGGCCUCACGGCGUCGCUGCAGGCAAUUGCGCCUUCGUAUCCGGUCCUGAUCGCGCUGCGGGUGCUCCUCGGCAUCGGGGAGGCGGGAUUCACAGGCAUCCCCUUUUAUCUGAGCUUCUUCUUCAAACGGGAGGAACUGGCCUUUCGCACAGCCAUAUUCAUAUCAGCCGCCCCUCUCGCCACCAGCUUCGCCUCAACACUCGCCUACAUCAUCGUCAAGUUCGCGUCCCUAUCGCCCAUCGCCCCCUGGCGCCUCCUCUUCCUCCUCGAAGGCCUGCCGUCGGUCCUCGCCGCCGUCGCCGCAUUCACCACAAUCCCGGACUCGCCCUCGUCGGCGCCGUACCUCACGCAGCGCGAGAAAAAGGUCGCCCGCCUCCGCCUCCGCCGCGACCACCACCACCCCUCCUCGCACCAGCCUCACGAGCCCGCCUCGGGCCUCCAACCCCGCGACCUGCUGCUCGUCUUCGCAGACCCCGUCGCCUGGCUCACGUCGGCCAUGUUCUUCCUCACCAACAUGGCCUACUCCUCCCUGCCCGUCUUCCUGCCCAAGAUCGUGGCGGACAUGGGCCACGACGCGCUGACCUCGCAGGCGCUCUCGGCGCCGCCCUACCUCGUCGCCUUCGUCGCCGUCCUGCUGACGGCCCACGCGUCGGACCGCCUCCGCGCGCGCACCGUCCCCAUUGUCCUGCACGCCUUGGCCUCGGCCGCGGGCUACGGCGCGCUGGCCCUGGCCGGGCCGCUCCGUCUGCCCCCGUUCCUGAGGUACCUGGCCGUGUACCCCGCCGCCGUGGGCUUCUUCAACGUCGUCACGCUCAUUAUAGCGUGGAGCAUAAACAACCAGGCCAGCCAGACGAGGCAGGGCGGCGGCUUUGCCGUCCUGCAGCUCAUAGGCCAGUGUGGCCCGUUGGUCGGCACGAGGCUGUAUCCGGAUAGAGACGCGCCCUAUUAUACGAGCGGCAUGGGCGCGUGUGCCUUGGCAAUGCUGGCCGUUGCCGUCUUGGCCCUUGUUCUGAGGUGGUAUCUGCGGUACAGGAACAGAAAGAUGGACCAAAAAGGCGUGGACAGCGAGCACGACGAGUAUGCCGUGGAGGAGGAAGGGCUUGUUGCCUCUGGGAAACGGAAAACAGAGCCAGCUCACUCCUUCAGGUACAUGUUGUAA